GGCCAAAUUAAACAAAGCUCUCAGUCUUACUUCAUUUAUUUUCUUCUCCUCCAAUCCAUCCCUUAUCUUCUUCACCAUGUCUGACAAUGACCACGACCACCCAGGACCACGAAUCCCUGAGCCGAGGGCUAGGCCGGUGGGUGGCACAGAGUACAGUUGGUGCAAAGCAGUGCCCGGCGGCACCGGUAUCACCGUCCUAGCCCUUCUCGUUUCAAAAUUCCCUGACAUAAACCUUCUCCAAGCUGCCCUCCACCAACUCCAGACUUCCCACCCCAUUCUCCGCUCCAAGCUCCACUUCGACGCCGCCACCGCCACUUUCUCCUUCGUUACUCCGCCCUCCUCUCACCUCAAAAUCCAACUAUUUGAUCAUUCUUCAACCUCCGCUAUUCUUUCCAAUAAUUCCAACAACCCCUCUGUUACGCCAUUCCAUCUCAUUCUAGAGCACGAAAUAAACACAAAUUCAUGGUCGUCAUCAGCACUCGAGAGUACUGACCUUGAUCUGUUCUUCGCUAGCGUGUACACUCUAAGCGAAAGCCAGUGGGUAGUGGUGCUCCGGCUGCACACGGCAGCAUGCGACCGUGCAUCGGGGGUGGCGGUGCUAAGAGAACUGCUAGAGGCGACGGGUGGAAGGAAAGAGAAUAGUAAUAUAGAAUUAUAUAAUGAUAAUGGAGUGGUUGGGUUGGGAAUUGAAGAUUGUAUUCCUAGUGGGAAAGCUAACAAGCCCUUUUGGGCUCGUGGAAUGGAUGUUCUUGGGUAUUCUUUGAAUUCUUUAAGGCUGGCGAAUUUGAACUUUGUUGAUGCUGAAUCUGCUAGAUGCUCUCAGUUGGUGAGAUUAAAAAUGAACCCAGAUGAAACCCACAGGCUUCUUCAGGGCUGCAAAUCGAUAGGGAUUCAACUGUGUGGAGCCAUAGCAGCUGCUGGUUUGAUAGCAGCACACUCCUCCAAAGGCCUUACUGUUGACCAAAGGCACAAGUAUGGUGUUGUAACCCUCAUCGACUGUCGUUCACUUCUUGACCCUGUCCUCAAUUCCCACCAUCUUGGAUUUUACCACUCUGGCAUCAUGAAUACACAUGAUGUAAGUGGAGGUGACAAGCUGUGGGAGCUAGCAAAGAGAUGUUACUUGGCCUUUUCAAAUGCAAAGAACAACAACAAGCACUUUAUGGACAUAAGUGACCUCAACUUCCUAAUGUGUAAGGCAAUUGAUAAUCCAGGUUUAACUCCAUCUUCAGCAUUGAGAACUGCCUGCAUAUCAGUGUUUGAGGACCCUGUGAUUGAUGAUUCUAAUGAAACGCAUGGAGAGCUUGGAGUUGAGGAUUAUGUGGGUUGUGCUUCAGUCCAUGGCGUUGGCCCUUCCAUCGCCGUAUUUGACACCAUACGUGAUGGAAGCUUGGAUUCUGCUUGUGUUUAUCCAUCGCCAUUGCAUUCAAGGGAUCAAAUGCAGAAGUUUAUUGAUGAUAUGAAGAGAAUUCUUGUGGAUUCUUGUGUCAACAUGGAGGAAGGGGAGAACUAGAUUUCCUUUGCUGAACUUUGGAUUAUGAAAUGAACCAUUUGAUUAUGGCCACCCCAUCAUUUUCCCUAUGAGCUAGGCCCAUGAUUUCUUUAUGUACUUAAAAUGAAAGGGCCCAUUUAGUAAUAAUUAAAUAAUAAAUAAAUAAAUAAACUAUUCAUUGCAAA